AUGACUCGUGAUGGGCGUCUGUGUCCUGAGAAGCUCAGCGAGUUGCGCACCCACCUGACUUCCGACGUGCGGUUGUCCGAACUGCUCCACGCCGCACAGGAUCUACACAAAUUCUGGUCCAGGGCGGUACAUCUCGACCCGGAGCUGACACGGGUUCCCGCAGAGUCAUACCUACAUGGUCUUUCCGAGUGGCUUGUGCAUGCGACUUCUUUCCCAUGCUCAUCUCCAAUUUUGCCUGCUGUCCUCGCCCUACCACUAAACCUCCUGUUCCAACUGACUCAGUAUCUUUCUUUUCUACAAUCCGUAGAUGAACAUGGAGAAAAUUCACAACGUCUGUUGCUUGAGGGAUUGGAAAACGGCGGGGUGCAGGGGUUUUGCGUCGGAUUUCUCAGCGCCAUAACCGUUGCGUCUUCGAACAACGUGCAAGAGAUUUUUGAGACGGCCAAACACGCCCUUCAACUUGCAGUAAUUAUUGGUGCUUAUGUCGAUAAAGAUGCGAUGCAGGUCCAAACAAAAUGUAUCUCUGUGCGGGGGAGACAGCAGGAUGUCAAAAGCUGGAAAAAUGCAAACAGCAUCCUUCAAGCUUUUCCCGAGGCAUACGUCUCAGCUAUCACAGGAAAAACCUCGAUCACAGUCACCUGUCUGAGCAGCCAGCUCGAUAUACUGAGAGACAUCCUGAUCGGUGCCGGUUAUACUAUCCAGGACGUUCCAGUUUACGGUCGACUACAUUGCGCUGUGUACAACUCUGAAGUAAAGAAGAUUAUGGGGCUUUUUAACAAGAUCCCUGACCUACGGUUCCCGACUGUUGCAGACCUGCGCGUCCCUGUAAGGUCUGCUACGAAUGGAUCAGUCAUCACUCAAGGUGAUCUCGUCCAGCACGUCUUAAACAACACAUUGCUAAUGCCCGUUGAAUGGUACGCCACAACUAAACUUGCUGUGGCCUCUCUACCCCCCAGGCACGAGUUCAUCGCCCUAGCCGGUGCCUCAGACCCACUACCACUGUCUUUAGCAGGCAACAUGGAUGUCCGACAUAUCACGAUUCAUGGCUUAACAAAACAAUCAAUAGGGUGUCCCUCGUCCGACUUCCCAUCUCAUUCAGUUGCUAUUGUCGGUAUUGCAGGGCGCUUCCCGGGUGCAAACUCCGUGGAUGAGCUUUGGGAGCUGCUUUUGAAUGCAAAAUCGAUGGUGGACAAAGCGCCUACUAGAGUCGGGUUAGACCAACUUGACGAGGAUGUCUCUCAAGUGAAGUGGUGGGGCAAUUUCCUUGACGACUACGACUCUUUCGAUCACAAGUUCUUCAACAAGUCAAGCCGUGAAGCGAUGGCUUGCGAUCCCCAGCAAAGAAAACUAUUCGAGGUCGUCUACGAAGCCCUCGAAUCCUCUGGUCAACUCGGCGCAGAUGCCCUCUCGGACUGCUCAGACUACGGCUGCUAUAUUGGCGCCGUUAUGAAUAACUACGUUACCAAUGUUAGCUGUCACCCGCCAACGGCUUAUGCUACGACAGGGACUGGCCGAUCGUUUCUUAGCGGAGCCGUCAGCCACCACUUUGGGUGGACCGGGCCGGCCUUGACCGUUGACACAGCAUGCUCCUCGUCAUUAGUAGCUAUCCACAUGGCAUGCCGUGCCAUCGCGACAGGCGAGUGCAGUCGCGCCGUCGCUGGAGGUACAAAUAUCAUCACCAGCCCUCACGACUACCGAGACCUGAAAGCGGCCGGGUUCUUGAGUCCUACGGGUCAGUGUAAACCGUUCGACGCAGGUGCCGACGGCUACUGCCGCGGCGAAGCCGUCUGUGUGGUGGUUCUCAAAUCACUAGCCUCCGCCAUAGCGGAGGGCGACGAGAUUAUCGGGGUCGUCGUCGGGUCGGCAACCAGCCAGAAUGACAAUGAAGGCCCCAUCGUUGUGCCCAACGCCAAGUCUCAGGCUAGUCUCUUGACGAAGGUUAUGAACAUGUCGAAUGUCGUUCCUGAGGACAUCACGUAUGUCGAGGCUCAUGGAACCGGAACUGAAGUGGGUGACCCCAUCGAGGUUUCCAGUAUCCGAGAAGCCUUUAGUGGGCCAUCGAGGAAGUCUAAGCUUCGCUUCGCUUCAAUCAAGGGAAACAUUGGCCAUGUCGAAGCUGCGUCAGGCGCUGCCGGCUUGAUCAAGGCUAUUCUUAUGAUGAGGCAUGGAAAGAUCCCCCCGCAGGCGAGCUACAGGUCGUUGAACCCGCGGAUUCCCGCUCUAGAGCCCGAUGGCAUGGAAAUCCCACAGGUCCUAACCGACUGGGGUCCAGCAGAGCGCAUCGCUUGUAUCAACAAUUAUGGCGCCGCCGGAAGCAACGCGGCAAUUAUGAUUCGACAAGCGCCAGUCAUUCCAGAAACCACCGAUAAGAUUGUUUUUACAGAAGACAGCUCUGCUCCUUCCAGCUGGCCUUUAGUCAUAUCUGCAUCUACCAGGGUUUCUUUAUCUUUUUAUUGUCAAAAGCUGCUCGACUGGUUGCGACGAGGAAGGUCCAAUACGACGUCCGAUUUUAGCAUUGCCGAUAUCGUUUUCAAUCUUUCUCGUCGGACCAACCAUGCACUGAGAAAUAUUGUGUCGACUCCCGUUCCUGACUUAUCCGCCCUCGAGUCGGUGUUAUGUGCUGUCAUCUCAGAGAAUGGACCAGUGUCUGUAACACCGUCUUCUCCGCCGCCUGUGAUUCUUCUAUUUGGUGGUCAGGAGAGCCGGUGUGUUGGGCUAUCAAGGGACAUUUGGAGAUCCUCACACAUCCUUCGCUAUCAUCUUGACCACUGUCAGGACCUUUUGCUAAGUCUGGGUCUUGGCGGGAUUUAUCCCGAUAUCUUUCAACAAACACCACUCACCUACUGUGUCACGCUGCAUCUUGCGUUAUUUUCCCUUCAGUAUUCAUGUGCCAAAGCUUGGAUGGACUGUGGGCUGCAGGUGGCGGCAGUAAUAGGACACAGCUUUGGGCAACUGACAGCCCUUUGCAUCUCGGGAGUGCUGUCUCUGUCUGACGCUCUCACACUCGUAGCAGGCAGGGCGUCACUUAUUGAAAAGCAUUGGGGCUCAGAGGCCGGCGCGAUGAUUUCUCUGCAAGCCGAUGAGCAGCGGGUUGCCGACAUACUCAAGCAAGUAAACGCCCAAAUCGGUUACGCCGAGGUCGCAUGCUAUAAUGGCCCCCAAAGCCAUGUUAUUGUAGGCUCUUUGGAUGCUAUUCGUGGUGUGGAAGCCUUGAUCUCUAGCAGCGACCAGUUUGGAGGUUCCAUUCGCAGCCAGAGGCUUAACAACACGCAUGGCUUCCACUCAAAAUUCACAGAGCCACUGCUUCCAUAUCUGGCCGAUUUGGGAGAUAAACUCGACUGGGGGAAGCCUCUCAUUCAUAUCGAAGUCUGUAGUGAGACACAGAACAACCGAAACCUGGGUACAAGCCUUGUUGUUGAGCAUUCAAGGCGUCCCGUAUAUUUCAAACAAGCAGUGCAGAGGCUCAUGAAGAAAUACCCACAAGCUACCUGGCUUGAGGCGGGUCGAGGGUCUUCAUACACGCAACUCGUUCAAGCAUGCGCUCAACACCCCAACAGCUACUCAUUCGUUUCUACGCAGUUAACAACGUCAAACGCGCAAAACUCUCUUGUCAAUGCUACAGUCAAAAUGUGGAAGGAAGGCCACUGCGUACAGUUCUGGCCGUUCCACCGGACCCAACGAAGACAGUAUCGUCACUUAAGUCUACCAAUCUACCAGUUUCAAAAGACUCGACACUGGCUAUCUUACACAAGAGCAACAACUGCCAAAAAGGAAUCUAGCACCGUGCAACAUGGGGAACCAAAGGAUCCCGAAAUGUUGUCAUUUGUCACAGGUGACAAGUCAACAGAAGCAGUCUUUUGCAUCUCGACAAGCAGCAAACGCUUCCAAUCUCUCGUCAUGGGUCACUUCAUGUGCCGCUACGGCGUUAUGCCUGCUUCAGCAUACAUAGAGGUGGCGUCAAGAGCUGCCCUCAUGCUUCAGGGGGACUCGCAAGCCACGAACUGGACCCCCACAGUUGAGGACCUAGCCAUGCGGGCUCCUGUGGUAUUCGAUCUCGAGCAUACCUCUCCCGAUAUCAAAAUGAUCUUGAAACGCCUCGAUAAGCCGACACAUCCAUCAUGGUCAUUUUCCAUUUUUGUCACUGCGAAAGACGGUGCGGCUUCUGUUGAGACUCAAGAAACAACAGUUGGUUUCGUGCACCUGCGACAACGCUCCGACUCCCAAGCAAUCCAGGAAUUCAGGCGUCUCGACGAUUUAAUAGGACAAAGGCGCUGGGAACAAGUCAUAAACCAUCCGGACGCCGAGGGCAUGCGCGGAAACCAUAUCUACCGGGCCUUCAGCCAGAUCGUCAAAUACUCCGAAGCCUUCCAGGGAAUCAAGACCAUAGCGUCCAUGGGAAACGAAGCUGCAGGUAUUGUCAAAACAAGACCGGAUACCAACGACCCGCCUGACCAACGCCUGGUUGACACUCCCAUGAUUGACAGCUUCAUGCAGUUCGGCGGGUUUCUCGUCAAUUACUUCAACCAACAAUUAUCUGCGGAGGAACUAUUCGUCUGCCACUUCAUUCAGCGUUUACAGAUUGGACCUGGCUUCUCUCCAGACGCCGGGGACUGGAUCAUCCUAGCAAACACAACCCUCAUUGACAAGGACAACAUAUCGGUUGACGUCUAUGUAUCUGAGAAGCAAAGCGGGAAGACUAUCCUCACCUCACUUGGUAUGGACUUCAAAAGGAUCUCGCGUGCGUCUCUUGCGCAGAUCCUGGGCGGGUCUGUCAAUGAGUCCGACCUUUCCAGACGCGGGUCAGUAAAAUGCAUCGAGCAGACAACGCCGAUAUGCAAACCAACGACGCAGCCGGACAACAAACCCAAAAGCAAGAGCAGACGCGUGGAUGUGAUCCAAAUUAUCGCGGACGUUGCCGAUGUGCCCGAAGAAGAAUUAGAUAUUGACACACGACUCGCCGAUAUCGCAAUCGACUCUCUUGGUGCAACCGAAAUAGUUGGCGACAUUGCCACGAAGCUGGGUGUGAUAGUCGACCUCACCACAUUCUCAAACUUUGAAGAUAUCAGUGCCAUAGUUGCCCAUGUUGACAGUCACCUUGGGCUACAAUGCAGGACCGAGAACGAUGAUGAGGACGUUGGGAUUGGAAACCCAUCCCCAUUAGAACCGCAACGCUUGAUGGCAAACGGGUUGGUCUCCAACCAGUCCUGCGAAGAAACAGAGAACAGUCCAAGCGACGCCAUUCUCAGUCAAAAUCCUGCAGUGAUGCCAGCUAUUACCUCAAUUGACAAACUAUUUGACGAUGUUCGUCUCAGCUUCGACGAACUUGGCGCAGCAAGGCAUGCGCUCGAAUAUUGGUCCGACAUAUACCCAGACGAUAAACGUUUGAUUUUAGCGUAUACCGUAGAGGCUUUCAAAAACCUUGGCUGCGAUCUGAAAAGACUGAGACCCGGACAGCCGGUACCUGAAAUCGUGGGAUUUCUGCCUCGACACCAACAGCUGGUAAAUCUACUCCACCAGUUUUUGAAAGAAGAGAACAUCAUCAUUUUGACGGGCGAUGGUGUCUUUUCCCGGACCAGUGAAAGAAUAGAAACUGCGACCGGUGAAACGAUAUUCAACGAGAUUCUGGGCAAGCAUCCUCACAACGCCGCCAUCCGUCAACUUCUGCAUGCCGUCGGGCCGCACCUAGAAGCCUGUCUUAUAGGAACGAUGGAUGCGCUUCAGAUCCUGUUCGGAAACCGGGCAAACAAAAAGUGGCUAGACGAGGUGUACAGAGACUGGCCCAUGCUAGUGACUGCCACGCAGCUUCUUGGUGAUUUUCUCUGCCGGGCUUUCACUCAAGCAGAACCAAACACAGACACAAAGGUCCCCAGAAAAAGCUGCUUCCGUGUCCUUGAGGUUGGGGCGGGAACAGGAGGAACAACGAGCCACAUUGUGAGCCUCUUGAAAGACCGCGGUAUUCCCUUUGAAUAUCAUUUUACCGACAUAUCACCAACGCUUGUGCAAAAGGCCAAGUCUUCUUUCAAAGGCAUCAGUGGUAUGAGUUUUGGCGUCAUGGACAUUGAGAAAGAGCCCGAAGUCGAGUUCAUCGAGGCGUUCCAUGUCAUUAUAUCGACCAACUGUAUCCAUGCGACCAGGAAUAUCUCGUUGAGUCUGGCCAAUCUCCGCAAAAUGCUUCGUCAAGAUGGCGCUCUUGCACUGAUUGAGAUGACCCCAACACGCCCGCUUUACGUGUUUGAUGUCAUAGUUGGUCUCCUCGAGGGCUGGUGGCUUUUCGAAGACGGUCGUAAGCACGCGCUGGCAAGCAUCGAGCGCUGGGAGCAGGCUUUCAUGGAGGCUGGCUUUCGUCAUGUGCUCUGGUCCGACGGACCGAGUCUAGAGGCCAGGACAGUUCGGGUUGUCUGUGGGUUCCAAUCCCAGAAAACCGCGGCUACACGAGACCACUCGGAGAUAAUGGCCACCGCUAACAGAAAAAAUACGACAAAAGAUCCCCAGACAGGCGUUCACAUACAAGAGGUGGUUUACAAGAAAGUGGGGUCUCAAAAUAUCCAUGCAGACAUUUACUGUCCACAUCAAGCGGACCCGACCCGGAAGAUGCCAAUUGCCCUAAUGAUACACGGCGGUAGCCAUGUUCUCUUUUCCCGAAAAGAUGUCCGAGAUCCACAAACGCGCAUCAUGCUGGAUAUGGGACUUCUCCCCGUCAGUCUCGACCACCGUCUCUGCCCGGAAACUCGGCUAGCACAGGGGCCGAUGGUAGAUGUCUGUGAUGCGGUUGAGUGGGCGAGGGUGAAGCUACCACACAUCAAGCUAGCGAAUGCAGAUGUCAAGCCUGAUCCUGAUAAUCUCGUGGUCAUAGGCUGGUCCUCGGGAGGUCAACUAGCAUUGUCAACAGGCUGGACGACUCUUGGGAAAGGUAUUCGACCUCCUAAUGCCAUUCUAGCCUUCUACUGCCCUACUGAUUAUGAAGAUGACUGGUGGAGGAAUCCGAUCCAGCCCAUUGGAGCAGCGGAUCAGGGACAAGAGUACGAUGUGCUAGAAGCAGUGCAAGAGGAACCCAUUACAAAUUACGGUGUAAUUGGCGCUUGGAAGCCACUAUCUGACCAACGUAUACAUAAUGAUCCUCGCGCCCGCAUCGUUUUACACAUGAACUGGAAGGCACAGACACUACCGGUCGUCAUCAGCGGCUUACCUAGCAAGAGCUCUGUGGCAUCUGAAAGCCCUGGUGUCAACUGGAACGCAUUGCCACAGCCCCCAGUGGAUGAAAUUCAACGUUGCAGCCCGUUGGCCCAAGUUCGAAAGGGAAACUAUGUAACGCCGACAUUCAUAGUCCAUGGUGAGGCGGAUGAUCUGAUUCCGUGGCAACAGUCACUCCGUACAAUUGAGGAGAUAAAGCAACGCGGCAUAGAUGGUCAGCUGGUCUUGGUACCAGGGGCGCCUCAUAUUUGUGACACGAGCCGAGACUCCGCAGCGCCAGGGUGGCAAGCUGUAUUAGAUGCUUACCAAUGGUUAAUGGGCUACGCUUUCUCCAACAAGUAG